AAAAAGGAGGAAAAGAUCCAAGAAAAAAAAGCACCCCCCAACCACACCAGCGGCUGCAGGACUGGGCACAACAUGAGAUCCAAAGGCAGGGCAAGGAAACUGGCCACAAGUAAUGAAUGUUUAUAUGACACCUACCCUGAAAUUCCUCUAGAAGAAAUUCCUGAAGUAGAUGGAGAGGUGGGCACCCUUUCUCUCAGCAUCCAAGAACCAGCUUCUCCUGCAACAUCCUGUGAAGAAUUCACUCCGAAGGAGGGCUCCCCUUACAAAGCUCCCAUUUACAUUCCUGAUGACAUCCCCAUUCCUCCUGAGUUUGAACUUCGAGAGUCAAAUGUGCCCGGAGCAGGACUAGGAAUAUGGACCAAAAGGAAGAUUGAAGUUGGAGAAAAAUUUGGGCCAUACAUUGGAGAACAGUGCUCAGACCUUAAAGAUCCCAGUUAUGGGUGGGAGAUAUUAGAUGAGUUUUGCAAUGUGAAAUACUACAUAGAUGCCAGUCAACCAGAUGUCGGGAGCUGGCUCAAGUAUGUCAAGUUUGCUGGAUGCUAUGAAGAGCACAACCUCGUUGCAUGCCAGAUAAAUGAUCAGAUAUUUUAUAGGGUAGUCACAGACAUUGAACCUGGAGAGGAGCUCUUACUGUACAUGAAGAGUGAAGAGUACGCCCAUGAAACGAUGGCGCCUGAUAUUCAUGAAGAGCGUCAGUAUCGCUGCGAGGACUGUGACCAGCUCUUUGAGUCCAAAACCGAACUAGUGGACCACCAGAAAUUCCCCUGCAGCACCCCUCACUCAGCGUUCUCCAUGGUGGAGGAAGACUUUCAGCCAAAGCUGGACAGUGAGAGUGACCUCCGGGAAAUGCAGGAAAUCCAAGAAUGUAAAGAGUGUGACCAAGUCUUCCCAGAUUUGCAAAGCCUGGAGAAACACAUGUUGUCACAUACGGAAGAGAGAGAAUACAAGUGUGAUCAGUGUCCCAAGGCAUUUAACUGGAAGUCCAACUUAAUUCGCCACCAGAUGUCACAUGAUAGUGGAAAGCACUACGAAUGCGAGAAUUGUGCCAAGCAGGUUUUCACGGACCCUAGCAACCUCCAGAGGCACAUUCGCUCCCAGCAUGUCGGAGCCCGGGCCCAUGCAUGCCCGGAGUGUGGCAAAACAUUUGCCACAUCGUCAGGCCUCAAACAGCACAAGCACAUCCACAGCAGUGUGAAGCCCUUCAUCUGUGAGGUCUGCCAUAAAUCCUAUACCCAGUUUUCCAAUCUUUGUCGUCAUAAGCGCAUGCAUGCCGAUUGCAGAACCCAAAUCAAGUGCAAAGACUGUGGACAAAUGUUCAGCACUACGUCUUCCUUAAAUAAGCACAGGAGGUUUUGUGAGGGCAAGAACCAUUUUGCGGCAGGUGGAUUUUUUGGCCAAGGCAUUUCACUUCCUGGGACCCCAGCUAUGGAUAAAACGUCCAUGGUUAAUAUGAACCAUGGCAAUCCGGGCCUUGCUGACUAUUUUGGUGCCAAUAGGCAUUCUGCUGGUCUUACCUUUCCAACAGCUCCGGGAUUUUCUUUUAGCUUCCCCGGUUUGUUUCCUUCUGGCUUAUACCACAGGCCACCCUUGAUACCUGCUAGCUCUCCUGUUAAAGGACUACCAAGUACUGAACGAAACAAAAGUCAAAGCCCCCUCAUGCCACAUCCUCAGAUACUGCCAGCUACCCAGGAUAUUUUGAAGGCACUAAAUAAACACCCCCCUGUAGGGGAAAAUAAACCAGUGGAACUCCAGCCUGAGGGGUCCUCUGAAGAGAGGCCCCUUGAGAAAAUCAGUGACCAGUCAGAGAGUAGUGACCUUGAUGAUGUCAGUACCCCAAGUGGCAGUGACCUGGAAACCACCUCUGGCUCUGAUCUCGAAAGUGACCUUGAAAGUGAUAAAGAGAAAUUUAAAGAAAAUGGUAAAAUGUUCAAAGACAAAGUAAGCCCUCUGCAGAAUUUGGCUGCAAUAAAUAAUAAGAAAGAAUACAGCAAUCAUUCCAUUUUCUCACCAUCUUUAGAGGAGCAAACCGCGGUGUCGGGAGCGGUGAAUGAUUCUAUAAAAGCUAUUGCGUCUAUUGCUGAAAAAUACUUUGGUUCCACAGGACUGGUGGGGCUGCAAGACAAAAAAGUUGGCGCUUUACCUUACCCUUCCAUGUUUCCCCUCCCAUUUUUUCCAGCAUUCUCUCAGUCAAUGUACCCAUUUCCUGAUAGAGACUUGAGACCGUUACCUUUGAAAAUGGAGCCCCAAUCACCAAGCGAUGGGAAGAAAGCCCAGAAGGGGAGCCCCGAAUCUCCCUUUGACCUCACCACUAAAAGGAAGGAGGAGAAAUCUGUUACUCCAGCCACCUCCAAACCAGCAGCAACGCCUCUCACAAGCCAAGAUCAGCCCCUGGACCUGAGCAUGGGUAGCCGGAGUCGAGCCAGUGGAACAAAGUCAACUGAGCCUCGGAAGAACCACGUUUUUGGUGAAAAGAAAGGAGGUAGCAUUGACCAAAGGAAGGCUUCGGAUGCCUCUUUGCAGCAUGCCAGACCAACCCCUUUCUUUAUGGACCCCAUUUACAGGGUAGAGAAAAGAAAGCUCACUGACCCACUUGAAGCUUUAAAAGAGAAAUACUUGAGACCUUCUCCAGGAUUCUUAUUUCACCCACAAUUCCAACUGCCUGAUCAGAGAACUUGGAUGUCUGCCAUUGAAAACAUGGCUGAAAAAUUAGAAAGCUUCAGUGCCCUGAAACCAGAAGGCAAUGAACUCAUCCAGUCUGUUCCCUCGAUGUUCAACUUCAGAGCCCCUCCAAACACCCUGCCGGAGAACCUGCUUCGGAAGGGCAAGGAACGGUAUACGUGCAGAUAUUGUGGCAAGAUUUUCCCGAGAUCAGCAAACCUAACCCGUCACUUAAGGACACAUACUGGAGAGCAACCAUACAGAUGCAAAUACUGUGAUCGAUCAUUCAGCAUAUCCUCCAACUUACAGCGACAUGUGCGAAACAUCCACAAUAAGGAGAAGCCAUUCAAGUGUCACUUGUGUGACCGGUGUUUUGGCCAACAGACCAACCUAGACAGACACCUAAAGAAACAUGAGAACGGGAACAUGUCUGGUACUGCGACAUCAUCACCUCAUUCUGAACUGGAAAGCACAGGUGCCAUCUUGGAUGACAAAGAGGAUUCUUACUUUACAGAAAUUCGAAAUUUCAUUGGAAACAGCAACCAUAGUCACCAGUCACCAAGGAAUGCAGAGGAGAGAAUGAAUGGGAGCCACUUUCAGGAUGAUAAGAUGCUGGUGGCUGGACAAAACUCAGACUUGCUGGAUGAUGAAGAAGCAGAUGACGAAGUGUUGCUGGAUGAAGAAGAUGAAGAAAGUGACAUGACAGGGAAACCGGGAAAGGAACCAGUUUCAAGUAAUUUACAUGAAGGAAACCCUGAGGAUGACUAUGAAGAAACCAGUGCUCUGGACAUGAAUUGUAAGACGUCCCCAAGCAGGUAUAAAGAGGAGGAGUAUAAAAGUGGACUUUCUGCUUUAGAUCAUAUAAGAUACUUCACAGAUAGCCUCAAAAUGAGGAAAAUGGACGAGACUCAAUAUAAUGAAGCUGAGCUGUCUUGUAGUGCUUCCCACCUGCCAGAGGACCUUAAACAGCCGCUAUACAGAAAGUCCAAGUCACAGGCCUAUGCUAUGAUGUUAUCGCUGUCUGACAAGGACUCCCUCCAUUCUCCAUCUCAUGGUUCUCCCAACAUGUGGCACAGUAUGGCGAGGGCCGCUGCGGAAUCCAGUGCCAUCCAAUCUCUCAGCCACGUAUGACCUUGUGAUGUCUGACCAGAAUUGGGACCAAGUCCAAGUAGCAUGGCUCUUCCAUAGAGGACUAUUGAAAAGACUGCUGAGCAGAAUGCCUUAUAAAUCUGCUGGGUCACCCAUUUAAAGUCUGGUGACCUUAAACUGAGUAAUUUUAAAAAAAAAAGAAAGAAAACGAAAAAAAGAAACUAUUUAUUCUCAAUAUUUUGUUUUGCACAGCAAAGGCAGCUGCUGACUUCUGGAGAAUCAAUGCGACUCAAAGAAUGCAAACCUUGGUGGGCCAGAGGCAUCUUCCUGUUCACCCUGCUC